CAGUGCAAACUUAAACAGCUAUUGUUUUCUGUCUUUGCUAAAAAUAUUGGCAAAUUAUUUCUCUAAUAGUUUUCCUGAAAAUGCAGUACUUCAUUUUAUUCACUAAUAGGGUUCAAUAUGAGACAUUAGAUUCAGACGUCCAGACUCACAGGAAACACAAGAAUUUCAAAGACAAUCUCCUGUGGAUAUUCCAGGAUCUUGAAAGCAAAAUAAUCACAUUUCUGAAGAAUGAGCUGGAAAAAUUUAAGAAAAUAUUACAAGAAGAAGAUGUACAAUACGUUGUGAAGGAUUUUAAUGAGAACAGAUGCAGUAUCAAAGAAGCAGCUCUUGAUCUCACACUCUACUUCCUGAGAGAGAUGAAGCAAGAUGAAGCUGCUGAUACUUUAGAAGAUGAGCUGUUCUUCAUUCAUCAGCUAAAAUGCAGCUUAAAGGAAAAGUAUCAAUGUGUGUUUGAAGGAAUUGCAAAGCAAGGUGACUCUACACUUCUGAAUAACAUCUAAACAGAUCUCUAUAUCACUCAGGGUUGUAGUGAACAGGUCAAUACUGAACAUGAGGUAAGACAGAUUGAAGUUGCUUCCAGGCGUCAUGAGUCACAAGAAAUACAGGUUGAACGCACAAAUUUGUUUGAAGCACCUGAACAAGACGAGCAGAUCAGAACUGUACUGACAAAAGGAGUUGCUGGCAUCGGAAAAUCAGUCUCUGUACAGAAGUUUGUUCUGGAUUGGGCUGAAGGAAAAGAAAAUAAAGAUAUCAGCUUCAUAUUUCCUCUCCCAUUUAGAGAGAUGAACUUAAAGGAGCAAGAAAAACUAAGUUUGAUGGACCUUAUAACUCAGUUUUUCCCUGAGACUAAAGGAAUGAACCUUACAAGAAGGAACCAAAAACUCCUGUUCAUUCUUGAUGGUUUGGAUGAAUUUCGUCUUCCUUUAAACUUUAAGGAAAAUGAGACAUUGCUUGAUGUGUCUUCACCAUCAUCUCUGGAUGUUCUCCUAACGAACCUCAUCAAGGGAAAUCUGCUUCCUUCUGCUCUCAUCUGGAUCACCACCAGACCAGCAGCUGCCAGUAAGAUUCCUCCUGACUGUAUCGACCGGCUGACAGAGAUACGAGGAUUCAAUGAUGCACAAAAGGAGGAGUACUUCAGAAAAAGAAUCACGGAUGAGGAUCUGGCCAGAGGAAUCAUUGAUCAUGUUAAACAAUCAAAGAGUCUCUUUAUCAUGUGCCACAUCCCAGUCUUCUGCUGGAUUUCAGCCACUGUUCUCCAGAACAUUUUAGAGGCAAAAAGAAAUAAUGUUGUGAAAAAUAAUCAGGCUGAUGACAAAUCCAAAAUACUACAGGAAUCAAAUACUGAAGACACUCCAAAGACUCUGACACAAAUGUACUCACACUUUCUCAGAUUUCAGAUCCUGCAGAGCAGACGAAAGUAUGAUGGAGAAUAUACACCAGAUGUUUCCUGGGAUAAAGAUGCCAUCCUUUCACUGGGGAAACUGGCAUUUCAUCAGCUGGAAAGAAACAAUGUAAUCUUCUAUGGCACAGAUCUGAAAGACUGUGGUAUUGAUGUUGAUAAAGCAUCAGUGUAUUCAGGCAUGUGUACCCAGAUCUUUAAGGAGGAAACGGGGAUCGUUCUUGGUACCAUGUACUGCUUUGUUCACUUGAGCAUUCAAGAGUUUAUUGCAGCACUUUAUGCUCAUCUGUUUCUAGACAUCAACAAGAAAUGUGUGUUUGAUCAAGACUCUAUAGAACAGGAAAACAAAAGUGAAACCAUGAUUAAUUUGCUCAAGACUGCAGUGGACAGCAAGGUGUUUGAGAGUGGUAGUGGUUAUCUGGACUUUUUCCUUCACUUCCUUCCCAGUCUGUCACUCCAGUCCAAAAAAAACAUGACUGAUUUGCUCAAGACUGCAGUGGACAAGGCACUAGAGAGUGAUAAUGGACACCUGGAUCUUUUUCUUCGAUUCCUCCUCGGUUUGUCACUCCAGUCCAAUCAGCGACUCUUACAGGGUCUGUUGACACAGCAGGAUGGACAUGACCUAAUCAAAAAAAGAAAUAGUUCAGUACAUCAAGCAGAAAUUUGAAGCUAAUCUGUCUCCAGAGAGAUCCAUCAAUCUGUUCUACUGUCUGAAUGAACUGAAUGACCAAACUCUGGUAAAAGACAUUCAGACCCACCUUAGCAAAGGAAGUCUCUCAUCUGCUGAUCUUUCACCUGCCCAGUGGUCUGCUUUGGCCUUUGUGUUGUUGACAUCAGAGGAGGAGCUGGAGGAGUUUGAGCUUCAGAAAUUCAAGAAAUCAGACGAGUGUCUCAUUAGAUUAUCAGCAGUCAUCAAAUCUUCUAAAAGAG